AUGAUGGUCUUGAGACGAGGAGAAUCUACUAGCCGUGGUUGGCGUUCUAAGAGCAAUCAUCGUUGUUGCUUCAAUUCCCUGUUUCGAAACAAAGAAACUAGAUAUGUAUCGGAUUCUGUUUGUUCCACUUCUUCUUCAUCAGCUGGUCAUCGAAAACGGUCCAGCACAUCCGAAAAAGCAUCCUCUGGUUAUGGUUGUUCAGACCCUAAAAGACGUCGUGUUUCAGAACGUAGUAAAAGGCGGAAUCAUAGUUCCCAUGUAUCAGUUCCUAAUUUCAAUCAUACAACGAGCACAUGUAAGGCAGUACGUAUCUCUGGUGAUAAGGGCCGUCCUCGAGACCGUUCUAACAGUUCCUCCUGCAGUGGCAUCGCUCCUAGUCAUGCUACCAAACCUCCGCCUCACCAUCCAACUAAGCGAGAACGGCAGCGUAGUCCAAGUAUCGAAAUCCAUGAUGGGCAUUCAAUGCGCGUUCACUUACAUAAUGGGCAAUUUCCUGGUUCUCCGAGACUCCCUGACAGAGAUGACAAGCAAAUAGCACGUCAGAAGAGAGAAGAAAAGCGUCGCGAUGAAAAAGCACGAAGGAAAGCUAGUCAUGAGCACCACAAACGCAAACCAUCUGCUAUUGUACCGGUCGGUGACACUAUCAAGCGACGCUUUCGAGUGGAGAAGAUACUAGGAGAGGGUAGCUAUGGGCAAGUUUUUGAAUGUUUUGACUUGUACACAAAUUCGUUGACUGCUGUCAAGGCUCUUAAACCUCAGAGUGAUUAUAGUGAUGCUGCGCGUCACGAGGUUAAUGUUUUAGAAACUAUUGCAAGAUUAGAUGCCAAAGAUCGAUCCCAUUGCAUAUCAUCUAUAGAUUUCUUCGAAUGGCAUGAACACUUCUAUAUUGUAUUUCCUCUACUUGGUCCGAGUGUUUUUACAUUUCUUGAAAAAAAUGACUAUGAACCGUACACCAUUGAACAAUGUGCAAUAAUUAUCCGACAGUUGUGUGAGGCUGUUGCCUUUUUGCAUCGAAAUAAGCUCACACACACAGAUUUGAAACCUGAGAAUAUUUUAUUUGUUGAUGGUACUUACGACGAAGUUUAUGUCAACCAUCGUGGCAGGACAGUACGGCGAAUCCGUAAUCCAUCCAUAAAGCUUAUAGACUUCGGAUCAGCCACUUUCGAUGAAGAUCACCACUCGACUACCAUACAGACACGGCACUAUCGUGCUCCUGAAGUUGUUAUGGAGCUUGGAUGGGAUCGAUCUGCUGAUGUAUGGUCUAUAGGAUGUAUUUUGUAUGAAUUGGUGACAGGACAAUGUUUAUUCAUGACACAUGAUAACCUUGAGCACCUAGCUAUGAUGGAACGUUUACUAGGGACUCUCCCAAAAUGUAUGACAAAGGUGUCCCGUCGACGACGAUAUUUUCGCCAUGGUCGGUUAGAUUGGUCUCCUGCUUCUUCAGAGUCUCGUUACGUUAGGAGAGUUCUGAAGCCUCUUGGUGACUACUGGUUUUCUAAUUCUGACCUCUACAAGCGCCUGGCUUUCGAUCUUGUAAAAGAGAUGUUGGUGUAUAUUCCGUCAGAACGAAUUACCUGUUCCAGAGCAUUAGAGCAUCCUUUUAUUCUUUCGUUUCAUAGUUGA